ACAAUGCUUGCUUGUUUUCACAGGGCAGCAGAAUGAAAUGCUUUAGGAAAAGCACAACAUUCUGGAAAACCGUAUAACUUUUCUUCCCAGAUUGCUUCAAGUCUGUGGAGGAUUCCCUUGCUGAACGCCACAUCAAAGGGAUCUUCUUCAUUUAAAACAAACGAAUCAUCAUGCUGAAGAGGAAGGUUCAACCUUACAAGAAAACCCUGGAUGGAGGUUGGGGAUGGAUGGUCAUAUUUCAUUUCUUCCUGGUAAAUGUAUUUGUGAUGGGGAUGACCAAGACUUUUGCAAUUUUCUUUGUGGUUUUUCAAGAAGAGUUUGAAGGCACCUCAGAGCAAACUGGUUGGAUUGGAUCCAUCAUGUCAUCACUUCGUUUUUUUGCAGGUCCCCUAGUUGCUGUUAUUUGUGACAUAACUGGAGAGAAAACUGCCUCCAGUCUUGGGGCUUUCCUUGUUGCUGGUGGAUAUCUGAUCAGCAGCUGGGCUACAAGCAUUCCCUUUCUUUGUGUGACUAUGGGAGUUUUACCUGGUUUGGGCUCUGCUUUCUUGUACCAAGUUGCUGCUGUGGUCACUACCAAAUACUUCAAAAAACGAUUAGCUCUUUCUACAGCUAUUGCCCGUUCAGGGAUGGGACUGACAUUUCUGUUAGCACCCUUUACGAAAGUCCUAAUAGAUCUGUAUGACUGGACAGGUGCCCUUAUAAUACUUGGAGCUAUCAUAUUGCAUCUGGUUCCUUCUAGUAUGCUCUUGCGACCCAUUCAUAUCAAAAGCAAGAGCGAUUCUGAUGUUAAAGGUGAAAGUAGUUUGUCUCCAACUGGUCCAGAGGCAGCAUGUGGAACAGAAACAUCAUGUUGCAAUGAGAUACAAGAGUUGGCCAUCAGGGACAGUAUUAUGCAGAAGGAACGACGACCAGGUAUAAGUUUAACUGUCUCACAAAAUCAAAGCAAAGAGUUCAACAAUGAACAUAACAGAAAUGGACUUUUCCGAAAAACUAAUGAAGAAACUUAUUGGAAAAAAACUACUUCACGGAGCUGUAAACAAAAACUCUUUGACUUUUCUCUCUUUAAGAAUCCUUUUUUCUACAUAUUUACGUGGUCUUUUGUUCUCAGUCAGCUGGCAUAUUUCAUCCCUACCUUUCACCUGGUAGCCAGAGCCAAAACAUUGGGGAUAAACAUCAUGGAUGCCUCCUACCUUGUUUCUGUAGCUGGUAUCAUUGAAACAGUCAGUCAGAUUAUCUCUGGAUGGGUUGCUGAUCAAAACUGGAUCAAGAAGUAUCUUUACCACAAGUCUUACCUCAUCCUCUGUGGCAUCACUAACCUGCUUGCUCCUUUAGCCACCACAUUUCCAUUACUUAUGACCUAUACCAUCUCCUUUGCUGUCUUUUCCGGUGGUUACCUGGCAUUGAUACUUCCUGUACUGGUUGAUCUGUCUGGGAAUUCUACAGUUCACAGCUUUUUGGGACUUGCAAGUUCCUUUGCUGGGAUGGCUGUCCUUUCUGGACCACCUUUAGCAGGCUGGUUAUACGAUUAUACCCAGACAUACACCGGCUCCUACUACUUCUCGGGCGCAUGCUAUCUCCUCUCUUCGGUUUCCCUUUUCUUCAUACCAUUGGCUGAAAGAUGGAAAAACAGUCUGACAACAAAGAGAGAAGACUGCAGUCAAGUGAAAGUUUAA